AGAGGCGCGCGCGGGGCGCUGCAGAGGGUGAGUGUGAGCCGGAAUGGCGGCGCUCUGAGGCGCAGCGCGGAGCUUUCACGAAAAUAAGAGCCGCAGUUUCCGGUAGUUUACGGGACUUGGGGUUUAAUGACAGAUUGGAAAUGCAGUGGAAAUAAAGAUCACUUUAAGAGAUGUCUGCGUCAGAUGAGAGCGGAGGUAGAAAACCUCAGAAGAGCAGCAGCAAGAAUCACAAAAAGCCCACAGCCGAGGCAGUAAAAGGAGCCAUUCAGCUGGGCAUCGCCUACACAGUGGGGAACCUGACCUCCAAACCGGACCGAGAUGUUCUCAUGCAGGACUUUUAUGUGGUGGAGAGUGUCUUUUUUCCCAGUGAAGGCAGUAACCUGACCCCGGGGCAUCACUACCCAGACUUCCGCUUUAAAAUCUAUGCCCCGCUGGCCUUCCGGUAUUUCAGAGAACUGUUUGGGAUCAAACCUGAUGACUAUCUGUAUUCCAUGUGUAACGAGCCCCUGAUCGAGCUGUCGAACCCGGGGGCCAGCAGCUCGUGGUUUUACGUCACCAGUGACGAUGAGUUUAUCAUCAAAACUGUGCAGCACAAAGAGGCGGAGUUUCUGCAGAAGCUACUUCCUGGUUAUUACAUGAACCUGAACCAGAACCCGAGGACGCUGCUGCCUAAAUUUUAUGGUCUUUACUGUGUUCAGUGUGGAGGACUGAAUAUUAGGCUGGUGGUGAUGAACAACGUUCUGCCUCGCUCUGUAAACAUGCACUACAAAUACGACCUGAAGGGUUCCACGUACAAACGCAGAGCCUCACGUAAAGAACGCACCAAGUCCUCGCCCACCUUCAAAGAUCUGGACUUCCAGGACAUGCACAUGGACGGGCUUUACUUUGACACGGACACGUACAACGCACUGAUGAAGACGCUGCAGCGAGACUGUCGGGUGCUGGAGAGUUUUAAGAUCAUGGACUACAGCCUGCUGUUGGGAAUCCACGUGCUGGACGUGAAGCUAAGGAACAGGGGAGGACGAGGAGACAGCAAGCGACAGGGAGGACAAAAAGUGCUCUACUCCACGGCUCUGGAGUCCAUUCAGGGGGGAGGCAGUGCUGUGGAGCCCCGCCAAAACAUAGACGAUGACGACACAAUGGGUGGAAUUCCUGCGAAACACAAAGACGAGAAGCUGCUCAUCUUUUUGGGAAUCAUCGACAUCCUGCAGUCGUACAGAUUUAUAAAGAAGGUGGAACACUCAUGGAAGGCUCUCGUCCAUGACGGUGUAAGUUCCUCUACUGUUUCUCUGAGAGAUGAGCUGUGUUGUGUUGAAUGUUGGAGGUGUGUAUGUGUGUGUGUUUUGCAGGACACCGUGUCGGUCCACAGGCCAAGUUUCUACGCUGACAGGUUUUUAAAGUUUAUGGGAGGAACAGUGUUUAAGAAGAUUAAUCCUCUGCGAGGUGCUUCCUCUCGAAGGAAACGAAACUCGGUGCAGCCGGUGAGAUCUGCGUCACAUGAAGUCCUGUCUCCGAUUAAAGAGGAGAGAAGUGAGGAGAGAAAAGCGCAGAGUCUGGAGAACCUAGAUGAUAACGAUUUGAGCUCAUUUGUGAAACCUGAUGUCAUUCCAAGUUCCAUGGAUCUGCACACGGCUGUCUCGGCCGCGACCUUGAACUCCGUCUCCUCGAAAUUCACGGAGGACGACGACAUCAGCAGAGGUGAAUGUGGGAAUUCCAGCUCCACUCUGGCUCUGGAUGACGUGGUGUUCCAGUCCGAUUCCUCACACAGCAGCACGUCGGAUUCAGCGCUGGAUGUUUAUCUUUGAUAUGUGAAGUUCACUUCCUGCUGUCUGAAAGGCGACGUUCCGUCUUCACCACACAUUACUUCCUGCUGUUGGUGCAGUUUGUCACUGAGGUCAUGUGACCUGUAAACGAUUAUUUUAUUAUUUUCACACCUCUAACACACCGUGCUGUUCUUCUCCUGAUCCUGAACAAAGAAAUUCAGCUCAAACUAAACUCCACUUAUGUUGUUGUUAAAUCCAUGUCACUGUUUUGCUGAUCUGAUCUGAUGUGCCACUUCGGUGUUAUUUCUAUGAAAUGUAUUUUAACUCUGACUUUGUGCCUUGUUUUGUGACGGAUGUGAGGAUACACUUCCUCAGUGCCAAAUUAUUUGAGAUUAUUGUGAAUUUCAGAUCCAACAAAAACAAAUCAAAAAUUCCUCAUGAGUUAUUAAUAUAAAAAAUCCCUGACCUGAUGUUUUCUUUAGAGUGUUUUCUUAAACUAUGUUUAAACUUUAUUUUAGUACAGAUGUGUAUUAUAUUGUAAAAGGUUCUGUAUUUAUAGAAAUCUCUAUUUAAUAAUUGUUGUGCUGUUAAACACUGUGUCUGUUUAUUUUUAGUGAGAGUGAGAUCAGUGCAGAUUAUUGAUAUGGAGUGGGUCCUGUUCUGGGAAAAUCUGCAAAAAAAAAAAGCAAGAAAUUAUUGGAAACCAUUUUUUUUCCCAAUAAAAUAACGAUAACUUUUUUAAUAA